CAAUCCAAUAUCCAAUAUCUAUUUAUCUUCUUCCAACUUUGCCCUGAACAUGGCUUCUAUUUACCAUCGUGCCACUCUCUGUUUCACUCUGUUUUUCUUCCUCUCCUCUGCCGCCGCCGCUCCUGGUCUCAGCCGGGGACCGGCGGCGAUCGUCGAGCAACAGCCUUUGGUGCUCGAAUACCACAAGGGUGCUCUUCUGAAAGGGAAUAUCACCGUCAAUUUGAUAUGGUACGGCCGAUUCACAUCUUCACAGCGCUCUGUAAUCGUCGAUUUCAUUCAAUCUCUAAGCUAUUCACGUGCUCCGGCGCCGUCGGCGUCUCUCUGGUGGAAGACGACGGAGAAAUACAAGGGUGGGUCGUCGAAUCUCAUUGUUGGGAAGCAGAUUCUUCACGAGGCUUACACUUUGGGGAAAAAUCUGAAGAACCUGCAUCUUAGGGCGUUGGCGACCAAGGUCAAUCAGUUGAAUUCAGUAAACGUGGUGCUGACGGCGAAGGAUGUUGCCGUCGAUGGAUUCUGCCGUAGCCGGUGCGGUACUCAUGGGUCGGUUCCGGUGGGUCGGAGAAGCGCACGAACCGCUUAUGUAUGGGUUGGAAACUCGGAAUCUCAGUGCCCUGGGUACUGCGCCUGGCCGUUCCAUCAGCCUAUUUACGGUCCACAGACGCCGCCAUUGAUCGCCCCCAACGGCGACGUCGGUGUCGAUGGAAUGAUAAUCAAUUUGGCCACCGUUUUGGCAGGAACUGUAACGAAUCCUUUCAACGAUGGGUACUUUCAGGGCCCACCAACGGCGCCGCUGGAAGCUGUGUCAGCCUGCACCGGGUUGUUCGGGUCCGGAGCCUACCCGGGUUACCCAGGUCAGGUUCUGGUUGACAAGGUGACCGGAGCCAGUUUCAAUGUCCAUGGAGUUAACGGACGGAAGUAUCUACUCCCGGCGAUGUGGGACCCCCAGUCGUCUACGUGUAAGACAAUGGUGUGAAGUGGCUGAUGAAGACGACACGUGGCGGUGGAUUGUGUUCUUUCCUUUGUAUAUAUAAUAUAAUGAGUAAAAAACAUAUGAUCCACGAUAAUGGGUUCGGGUGCCGUACGGUUGGGGAAUGGAUGAAACGCUGUCGUUUUGGUGGUCAUGUAAAAAUUUGUAUUUUGAAAAAUGGACAGGGAAUGAGAAAUAUAAAUAAUGCAAACUUUAAUUAAAUGGAAAGAAAAAAAAAGAGUUUAAAAAGAUGCUUCAAGUGGGGAAUUUAGGAGUGUUUGGUAAUGAGAAUAAAGUAGAUUAAUGAUGGGAAUACAGUGGAAAAGAUUUGAUAUUUGAUGGUAAUAAAAAAAAUGGUAUUCUAUCUGA